AAAACCCGGAAGUGUGUGCUCCCGCGCGGCCCACCUGGUGAAGCUUUGGACUAAUGAUGGCCUCCGAAAGGAAGACCAAGCUAAAGAGAAAGAAAAGCGCGGAUCUGGGAGAGGACCCGGAUGGCGGCGUUGGGAAGGCGUCCGGAGACUACCUGGUGGGACAGGUGGCUGACAGUCUGCUCCGUGCCCAGCACCCUCCCGGAGGCGGCGCGGGUCGCCUGGCGGUCCUCUUUAGCGCCCCUGCGCCGCAGGUCCGACCUGUGUUCAUUCCUGUGCCUCAGGAUACCCCUAAAAAAAAGGAUCGAACUGAGGAAGAAGAGAGCACAUCUGAGAUUCAAAGACCAGUUUUGCGAGAACCCGCAAAAAAAGUGAAAGCGAAGAAAGUCUCUGUUGCAGACAAAAAGUUGGCAACCAGGGAAAGUGCUCUAGCCAGUGCGGAUUUAGAAGAAGAAAUUCAUCAGAAACAAGGGCAAAAAAGGAAAAAUUCCCAGUCAAGUAUUAAAGUAGCAGAUAGAAAAAUACCUCAUGAUAUAGAUUAUAACCUUGAUGUAAGUCAAAGGAAGAAAAUUCAAAUCAACCAAGAGGAGAGAUUAAAGAAUGAGAGGACCGUGUUUGUUGGGAAUUUGCCUGUUACAUGUAAUAAGAAGAAGCUGAAGUCAUUUUUUAAAGAGUAUGGACAAAUAGAAUCUGUACGAUUUCGUUCUGUGAUUCCAGCAGAGGGAACCCUAACCAAAAAGUUGGCUGCAAUAAAACGUAAAUUUCAUCCUGAUCAGAAAAACAUUAAUGCUUAUGUUGUGUUUAAGGACGAGAGCGCUGCCACAAAGGCACUGAAAAGAAAUGGAGCCCAAAUUGCUGAUGGAUUUCGUAUUCGAGUUGAUCUUGCAUCUGAGACCUCAUCUAGGGACAAGAGAUCAGUAUUUGUGGGGAAUCUUCCUUAUAAGCUUGAAGAAUCUGCCCUGGAGGAGCACUUUGUGGACUGUGGGCAUGUUGUGGCUGUGAGGAUUGUGAGAGACCCAGUUACAGGAGUCGGCAAAGGGUUUGGCUAUGUGCUCUUUGAAAACACAGAUGCUGUUCAUCUUGCUCUGAAGUUAAAUAAUUCUGAGCUAAUGGGAAGAAAACUCAGAGUCAUGCGUUCCAUUAAUAAGGAAAAAUUAAGACAGCAAAAUUCAAAUCCAGGUUUGAAGAGUGUCAGUAAACUUAAGCAGGGAUUUAACUUUGGGUCCAAGCAUGCGGGGCGUUCUACAGGUGUGUUUAUUGGAGAAAAAGCUGCUGUCAUUAAAAAGAAGAGGAAAGGACAGAAGAAAAGUGGACAAACCAAGAAACCAAGAAAACAGAAAUCUUGAUGAGAAGAUUGCUGCCUUCUCUCCUAUGGUGUGCUGCUGAUUAGGUGCAAUGAAUCCGUGGAUUGAGCAUCUGGGUUUUCAAUGGAUUGUGUUUGUCAGUGUGGAGAAUCCCACAGUCUUGGUUAUUCGUGCUGUCGUAUUUCUUUGGAGCAUUUUUUUUUAUAUGUGAACAGAUUGGUUACCACGGAUCAUGUGCUGCUACUUGGUGGUAUAAGAGAUUUUAGACCCAGGAUGAACAUUUAUAAUUUUACUGAUUAUUUUAGUGGAGUUUGAAUAUAUAUAAAUUAGCACUUCAGUUAGUUCAAGAAUAUUAUUGGAUGAGUCUAGGUUAAAAGGUAAAUUUUUAAAAAAACAAUAAUCCUAAAUACUGAUUGUACUUAGUCCAAGUAUCUAAAUAAUUAAGGUGGGAAGGCUGGUUCCAGAUUUGGUUGUAACCCCUAAGGAAGAUCUGAAUGCUGUUGUAUAAUAUCCACUUGUUUUUCUUUAGCUCUUACACCUACGAAAAGUGAAGUUCUUUGUUUUUAUUUAUUCCACCACUACCAGCAGCCUAAUAACUAACCAAUAAGAUUAUUAAAUGAAACAAGAUUCUGACUUCAUUUAAAUAGUGA